AUGGAGAUAGAUACACAACGAGGAGUUUUCAAGUCAAUAAUUGACGAGAAGUUGCCUUGGAAGUUCCUGAACGAAGAAGUGUGGGAUGUGAAUAAAUCAGAGGUUGAGUUGUCAAUGAGGGGCACCCAACUCACUGGAGAAGUUGGUUGGGUACUAAAGUGGGAAAGAAAAACAUGGGGUAAUGGUCUCAGGUGCAAGGCUUCGCACAAAAGGCAGAAAGUUUGCAAAGCAACCUAG